GUCGGUGUUAGCGAUAACGUAAUUUUGGUAACGUUAUCAUCAUUUGUAAGUAGGAAUGAGGGAAUUUUCGAUUUUAGUACACUUCACAUCUUUGAAUAAUAUGAACAAAAAAUUACACAAUGAAUAAAAGAAUUUUUUUGAUUGCUGCCUUGUUAUCAAUUAAUAUCGGACAUGAUGAAAUGAGUGAACAGGACAUUUUUCUUGAUUACUUUGAUGAUACUAACGAGACAUUCUGCCCACCCGGCUUCACCUACGACACAAGCACAAACACAACCAUUUGCUACGUCCUCAACGUAACCUGCCCUUAUCCAAUGCCCCUCCCAUUUGACCCCUCCUCCAACUUAAUCAAAUCCCUAAACACAACCAAACUUCAAAUCGAGAAAAACACAAUCAUGGAUUACUACAUCUGGAAAGAAAAACGUGGCAACUAUGGCAAACUAUUCACCCAACAAUUUGAAAAUAUAACCGAAAACAUGACCGAUUAUGUUAUAGCCAGACACAAUGAAACAUUUACAUAUUUUCUAACCAAUGACAACAAUUAUGACCAAUUAUGUGCCUACGAAACGCUCGACUCAAGUCGAACAAACUACUGCACACUAUACGAUAAAAUUUGUACAAAAGGACAAAGUAACAAAAAUACAAAUAACUGUCAUUGUAGAAACACAAAAGUACGACAUUUUUGCGAAUUUAACUGUCAUUAUUACAAUUGGACGGACCAAAAUGCGACUUGUAACGACUGUGAGACCAACUUUAAGGCAUAUAAAGAGCCCAAAAUUCAGUUAAGUUUCAAUUAUCGCACUAAACGAAUUUCAAUUGACAUUAAAUGGUAUUUAAGACUACUUCCGAUCAAUCGUAGUACUGAGGCGAUUGUGUAUUGUUUCACAGAUGCUGAUCAUACCACUCAUGAUAUCACUUACAGAUACGAUUUUGAUUUUUUAAAUAUGUCAGAAUAUAAAUCGGUUAACUACCUUUUAAAUCCUGCAAUGGAUUCAAUAGGUCACUAUUGGUGUCAAGGAUUUCAAUUCAACUUAUUUUCCAAAGAUGUAACACUCGUAAAAAGCAAAAAAAUCAUAGCUGAAGGCCCCCAACAUAGCGAAUCCUUCACAAUGAAUAUCACAAUCAAUGAAACCCAAAGAACUUACCCCUUGACCAUACACGAAGAAACACAAGAAUAUAUCGAGAAUGUCAUCAACGAUACAAACCUAAUUCAAAAAAUCAAAUUUCUAAACUUAUAUAAGCGAAAAGACGAUGAAACUGUCAUCGGUUAUCGACUGUACUUCAAUGGAACCAAUAACACCAUGAUGGAGGUUCUAGACCAAGUAACCGAAAUUUUCAACCAAUCAAAUUCCAGCAUCUCUCUAUCACCCAGUUAUUGCCUCCCUGACACCACCUUCAAUGGUAUAACCCUCACAUGGGAGAAAACCCUUCUAGGAUCAACCACAAUCCCAAAUGAACUGUGCCUCCAAAACAACACAAAACCGGUAACUCGAACUUGCCUCGGCGAGUACCUUUAUGGUACAUACUGGGGGGCCGUUCAAGGAACUUGUGUCAACAAUAGUGGUGAAUUAUUUGGUUCAAAAAACACGAUACGACUUCACAACCUCACAUAUUCUGACCACAACUCAAGUAUAAAAAUCAACCAAUUGAAUGAAAUACUAUUGGAGAGUAACAAACCAAUAGUAAUCGAUGCCCAUUUUAUGGCGAAAAUUUUCGAAAAUGUCACUUUUUCAUCCCAACUUAAUGUAACAAAUGUCAUUGAAACGGCUAGUAGAAUCAUGAAUGUACCACGUGACGUGUUACAUGAAGCCCAAACUAUACUCAACUCAACUGACAUGAUCCUAUACAGUCUUGAUACAAUCAUCGGCGGUUAUAACCUAACCGGUGAGUAUGUAAGUCUAACAUCGGGGAAUAUCUACACACAAAUUAGUAAUAUAUCAAGCGGUAUAACCGGUGCUGCCUUUUACGAAACCAAAACCGGACUUGAAAUCACACCAAUUCGAAAUUCAACUCCUGACUACAAUAAUACCAACUUGAAACUCAGUGCCUACAUUACGAAGGAAACUAUAAUCAGGAAUAAAAACGCAAAACUGGUUAUAACCGCUUACCUUAUCGAUUCGCUCUUCAACCAAGCCCCUACUAACACAACCACCGGUUACUUAACUAGUAUUUACCUAAGUCCAAGUGGUGUUGAUUCAUGGGUGGAAAAACCGGUCGUAAUGAUACGACCAUUUCGUAAAUACAGGGCCGAACUUAAGUGUAACCGUUGGUCGUACGGUCGUAAUCAACUCUGGUACAACCUUAGAGGUUCAUGGACGCAUGAAAAAGACGAUCCAACUUGCCCUUUGGGUGAAAUGUGUCAAUGUAAGUUUGCCCGAAUGAACCCUUUUGGGAUUUUAGUAGGGCAUGAGGAUGACGUCAUUUUGAGUAUUGUUACAGCGACAGGUUGCGCCCUCUCGGCUUUGGGUAGUUUUGCGGUUAUCGUAACCGCAAUAAUAUACAAACAAUGGCGCGAACAAUCAGGCACUAAAAUUUUACUAAAUUUUGUUUUGACAAAUUUGGCACAAAAUAUUUUCUUAGGGGUGAGUAGUGGGAUUAAUAGUUACACCCAAAUUAACACUUGUGUGACAAUUGGGGCGUUAUUGCACUAUUCGGUUUGUUCACAAUUCACAUGGAUGCUCAUCAUUGGCUAUUUACAAUAUUUGAGAUAUGUUGAGGUGUUUUAUGUCGUACACAAUUACUUUGUUAUAAAAGCGUCAAUUGUGGCAUGGAUUUUACCAAUAGUUCCGGUUAUAACCGUUUUAAAUAUCAGCGAAUCGUACUAUUUGCAAGACAAUUUCUGUUAUUUGAGCAAUAAACCGCUCUUUUACGGUGUUUAUAUCCCAGUUUCGUUCACUUUAACCGUAAAUAUCGUCAUUUUUAUGACAAUUAUAGUUAAUAUAACUUGCUACCGGGCUAAUAGCCCAAACCGGUUAAGAGACAACAUCUCCUGGCUCAAUUUACGUCUCAUCAUUUUACUUUUCUUCCUCAUGGGUUUAUACUGGGUGUUUGGGGUUUCAGCACGUAUUACCCAACUCAUUGCUUUAGAUUAUUUCUUUUGUAUUUCUGCCUCACUUCAAGGUUUAGUAAUUUUCCUCUACUUUAUCGUUUUUAAUAAAAUGACAAGAAAUUUCUGGUUAAAACAAUUGAGACGCGCCGAAAUGAUUACAACAAUGCAGUUGUGGUUGCAACAGAGGAAAAAAAUCGGAAAAGUGAGACUUGAUAAUGGAAGAACAAAAAGUGUCAAAAUGAAGAUAAUGGAGUCAUUGAUGGUGUCACAAAAACAAAAAUAAAUGCCUACCUGAAGGUGGAGAAGAUUUAGGGCGGAAACAGCGAUGCAUUCUUUGUCUUGAGCUAUUGUGUUGGUUAUUACGACUUCGAGGAGGUUUUCAAUUAGUCUGAAAAAAAAAAAAAAGAAAUCUGUAUUGACAAAUAAACAUUUUUUUUUUCACUACUAAUUGAAAAAUAGUAGUUUAUUAUACAAGUAAAGCAAAGUUUUUCAUUAUUUGUGACUAGUGUGUUUCUAAAGCGAGUGUCAAAAGCACGAGUUUCAAAAAAAAUCACUUGUAUAAUGCAAC